AUGGGUGAGGAGGAUCAAGCAAGAAACAAUAAUCUCAUCAAAAUGUUACUCUCUCUUCUCAAUCUAUUCGGGAUCAAGCUACACUACUCAUCCGAACAUGGUCAAUAUCAAAAGGAUAAUUAUAUUCUUGAUCCCCAGCCCGAGAUCAAUCCUUCAACUUGGUGGUUGGUACCAUUACCCGUCCACUGCAUAGCUGAAUCCGUGAAGAACCAACUGCCAGUGGUGCAAUACCGGGACUUUCUCAAGAUCAAAACAGGCCAACCAGCAGAAGCAGAAGAUGACUCCAGUAACAAUGAUCAUAUGUGUAUUGUGUGCAUGAACAGCAUGGAAGGUAGCCAAGGGGUCAGAAAACUCUGCAAUUGUUCACAUGCUUUUCACAAGGAGUGCUUAGAUGUUUGGAUCGAUGAGGGUCAGCUCACAUGUCCUCUCUGUAGAUCUAACUUAUUGCCUAAUUCCACUCCAAAAUCAAAUCAUCAUCAUCACCAUAAGGAGAUGGGAGAAUUUGAAGAGGAUCCAUGGAGGGCCGAGAGGAGGGUUUACUUGUUUGGUGAGGAUGAGCUUGCCUAA